UUAGAAAAAAAUCUGCGGGUUUGCUUGCGUUUUGAAGCGAGUAAUAGAGCACCGCUUUGGGAUAAUUUUCGUUGAUAUAUACACUUGGCGGUAAGAAUCGUACACCAUUAGUGAGUUGCAAUAUUUAUUCUCAGUUGUCAAACGGAUGAUAUAUCAGUGAACUGUUCUUGUUCAUUAAAUAUAAACCGGAACGUUCAUUUUGAGUCUUUGUCUUGCAAAUGUUUGUAAAAAGGUAAGACCAUUGAUAAAAAAUGUAAUUUGAAAAAAUCACUCAUUUGGUGUAUAUGAAUGGUUAAGAAUUCAAUAUGUUUGUAUAUUGAUCAAGGUCCAUUGUUUUGUGUGUUUCACUUUAACAUUUUGGGAAAACAAUUGGGUCAUAUUUGUGUUCACGAUGCCGCAUGGAAGCAUUUGGCGUGUCGAUUUGUAAAGGAAAUAUGCACAUUCUUAUCUGCUUUAAACGCGGAGAAAUCCUAUUGAUCUCUGAUUGUUACUAGUUACAGACUGGUAGAGUUGAAUUUUUGUCCAAGAGUUAAGUUCCUGAUAGUUGUAAUAGAUCGUUUUCUGGCCAUAACAAAUACUCAUUAUUGAAAUACAUAGAAAAAUGACUCUAGAAAUUGGAACAGUGCAGUUUAUGCAAAUGACCCCCAGCAAAGCACAGGGUGUCCAUUACACACCGGCGCUUGAGAAUAGAUUUGAAGUACUUCCCGUAUUGUUUUGUGUCGUGCACAUGUAAAAACAGUGCCCUAUUAUUUAAAAAUUAGGAUUGCUUAAACUUGUCAACAUUUAAUCAGUAAGUUUAAAUCAAUAUUUUCUAUUCACCGGGUUACACAUGUGAAAGGCAAGGAAGUUUUAUCUGAUUAAGUAGGGCAUUUAACAAAGAGCUCUUAAAAAGAAAGAUCCAUCAAAAAAUGUAAACUGCUAUGUGAUCUGGAAUUAAUUUGGUUUUCAAAAUAUAACAUUUAUAUAUAUAUAAUGUUGUUUUACUUGGUGUAAUCAAUGAAGAAAAUGUGUUUAGUCAUCACCAAAUUUUGUUUUUGUUCAUUUGUGUCAAUACCAAUUAACACAUUUGGAAAUUUGAAUUACAUGUGCUUCUAGAUUCAUAUAGAUGUGAAAGAUGAAGUUAAAUAUCACCAGGUUAACAAACUCAUUAACUUGAUUUUGUAAUGAACAGUUAUAUUCACUAUGUUGUGUUUAAAUAGUUUAACUUAGAACAGGGGAGAGCAUCCCAAAAACUUUAACAUUUUGUUUAACUCCAGCAAAAAAUAAAAUUGUGCAAGUUUGAUUGAAGAUUGAAGGCCUGACAAAUUUGUGCAUCAUUUUCUGUUUGGAAGUACAUGUACCACCUGUAUAACAAAUGAAUAUUUGCAAUUCACUGAUCAUGGAGUUACUUAUCAACACUGUAGUACUGGCCUAAUGAAGAUUUUGUAAAUUAGGAGGCUAUGUGAAAGAAGGAGGCUACAAACUGUUGUUAAAUGCUCAGUGUGAAUACUUUUUUAUGCCCUCAUAUUCGGGAGAUUCAGGGACAUGUAGUUUUUGGUCUGCCUGUUUUGUACGCAAAAACUUUGCAUGGACAUAAAUUUUGAAUGUAUAUAAUGUAUAUGAAUCAUAGAUAUAUUGUAUAUUCCUAUUGACGACUUUUCUUUGAGUACCAAAGUUCUUGACCUGGUGACCGCCGUGACCUUUGGGUCAUGGGAGAAUCAGGGUUUUACUGUUACAAACACAUUCUGAAAACAAGUGAUUUCACCGGAACUUGGUUAGUGAUUGUGUUCAAACCUAAAAUGCACACAUUGAUUAUAUGGGAGCGAUGACUUCCAUUCAAUGACCAAGCUGUGUUGAUUGUGGACAAAAUAAGAUUCAAAUCUGUCUAUAGAUUUCUUAUUGUAGCAAAUUGUUUGGUUCCACAGGCCAGUAUUGGUGACACGACGUAGCUUCGUGGAGCCUGACCUCCACAGCUCUUCUUUCCAUCACAUGGACAAAAAGAAACUGCUACAACCAGCCAAGCGACCACGGUUAGAAGCUCCAACAAUGUCCAUUCGUGGACCUAUUCCUAAUGGGCCAAUGCACCCCCGUCCCCUGAUAGCUCUUCUGGAUGGCAGAGACUGCUCAAUAGAAAUGCCCAUUCUCAAGGAUGUGGCUACUGUUGCAUUUUGUGAUGCUCAGUCAACACAAGAAAUUCAUGAAAAAGUAUUAAAUGAGGCAGUGGGUGCCUUAAUGUGGCACACUAUCACACUAGCCAAAGAGGACUUGGAAAAGUUUAAAAGUUUACGGGUUAUAGUCAGAAUAGGCAGUGGUUACGACAAUGUGGAUGUCAAGUCCGCUGGAGAACUAGGAAUUGCUGUGUGUAAUGUCCCUGGGUAUGGUGUAGAAGAAGUAGCAGAUUCCACCAUAUGUCUGAUACUGAAUCUGUACAGAAGGACCUACUGGCUUGCCAACAGUGUAAGAGAAGGAAAGAAAAUCAAUGGACCAGAACAAUUACGAGAAGCUGCUCAGGGCUCAGCCAGAAUCCGAGGGGACACACUGGGAAUUGUGGGUCUAGGUCGAGUGGGUUCUGCAGUUGCCCUGCGUGCCAAGGCUUUUGGAUUCAAUGUUAUAUUUUACGACCCCUAUCUACAAGAUGGAGUGGAGAAAUCGUUAGGCAUUACUCGUGUAUACACAUUACAAGAUCUAUUGUUUCAAAGUGACUGUGUUAGUCUUCACUGUAACCUGAAUGAACACAAUCAUCACCUCAUUAAUGACUACACCAUCAAACAAAUGCGACCAGACAUUCAGGGCCCCUGGGUCAGCGGCUCUGGGCCCAGGACAGGACUACCAGGUGCAUUUUUGAUUAACACUGCAAGAGGAGGGCUGGUGGAUGAACAUGCACUAGCAUCAGCAUUAAAAGACGGCAGAAUACGAGCAGCAGCAUUAGACGUCCACGAAAACGAACCAUUCAGUUUCUCCACUAGUCCAUUAAAGGACUGUCCAAAUUUGAUCUGCACCCCUCAUUCAUCAUUCUACAGCGAACAAAGUGUGACAGAGCUCCGAGAAAUGGCAGCUGGGGAGAUUCGACGAGCAAUUGUUGGGAGAAUUCCAGACAGUCUACGCAAUUGUGUCAAUAAGGAGUAUUUUUCUGCUGGCACAGUGCGUCCACCAUUUGGAUUUCCAGGAUACCCUGAAGGUAUGAAUGGAGCAGGAUAUCCCUUCCCUAACCCCGCUGCCGCCGCUGCUGCUGCUGCCGCCAGUCUUGCUGGUGUCCACUCUACCACCAUAGAACACCCAUCGGUGUCCCACAGUACCCCCCACUCCACACCCCACAGUACGCUUUCCGAGACAGCCAUUCACAUGGGCAAGGGAGAAUCUUCAGAGGUUCACUAACGUAGUCCAAGGGUUGAACAUUGAUCAGGAGCCACAUACAUAAAGAUCUACCUUAAUGUGUUAUUUCCCUUUGUCUUAAAGGUUGUCAGAAAUCUGUAUAGAUUGAUGAAAUUAAGAAAUAUAUUGAUCUGGUACACAAAGAUGUUUUCCUCUCCAUAUCUGGAGCACUUACCACAGAGAAGCAGCGACCAUAUGGUGUGUCUAGUUUGGAGGCAUUUCUGAAGAUAGAAAACAUUCUUGAGAAAUAAAAUGUAUCUUUAGCUUGAUGGAAUUUUACUGCAAAAUGUUUUGGGAAAUGAUAGGGGAAAAGGUGUGACUUGCUGAAGCUUGCAUUCCAGAGCCGAGAUACUGGGAGAACUGGCAGAUGAGACGUGAAUCUCGUUGUCUCGUGAACAAGGCCAUCACAUAACAUUACUCCAUCGUCAUAUUCUGAUAAACAGUGGAAGAACCAUGUAUAACACAGAAAUAUUUUUGUAGUAUAUCAAUCAAAGAUGUCAUAGAUCAUAGAAUAAGUGGAACAAAGGGUAAAUGUGUGUGUGACUGAGGUCAGGUCAUGUGUGGGCGGGUUUUAUUUCUUGUAUAUUUUUUUUCCCAGUUUUUGUGUGUGUUUAUUUCUUUGUAAAAAUAAUAAAGCUUUAAUCAGACGGUCUUUAAAGCCAAGGAAAAUUUAAGCUUUUAGAUUCUCAAAAAAAAAAUUUCUUCUUAAAAUAUAAUACAGUCUUGUGUUUCUGGUCUUACCUAAACACAAGAGAGAAUCUAAAGUUAAGUUUUAUAUGGCCUUAUUUGAUUCAUCACCUCAGGAAGUGUUAUUAUGCAACAAAAUUAGGGCACCUGUGGUAUGUUCUUGCAUCUGCCAGUAGUAUAUAUGUAAUAAAUAUUAAAUUAAUUAUGAUUUCUCCAAUACAUGCCAACAUUUUUGUGUGAAAGUGAAAAAAAAAGAAAUGGUCACAGAUUACAUGAUGUACUAUGAAGUAAGAUUGAACAGUAUUAUGCUUGUACAUGUACAUUGCAAGUUUUGUUGAUUCAAAGAUGAUAAAUGAUGUUGACAUUUUCCCCUCAAAACUGCUUCAAGAUUUGCGGACUCUGUAUAAAACUAAAACCAAAGUAUUAUAAAUCUGUUUAUCAGUACAUUUUUUGUUAUAUAUUUCAGUUGAUUUGUUAUAAGUUUUAAAAGUGCAUUUUUUUUCUGUUUAAUAUAUUUUCAACAAACUGGCUAGAAUCUCGAUUAUUUUGAAGAAGUGCUAACGGAUUUAGCUGGGGACCAAAAUCGGAUUUUAUGUGUAUAUAUAUAGCUGUGUUUGUGUGUGUUUAGUUGUCUAGCCAAACCAUUGUAUAGAAGUCAUCAUCUGCGUCAUCCACUCAGCAUUCUGGCUUGCUUUGUAGGAAAUUUCAUUGUAGAUAUACCUGUCAUAAGGAUCUUCCACUGUGUUUUAUCAAUAAAACAUUUUUGCAGUA